AUGAUAAAGAGUGAGAGUGAACAUAUAUCAUCAACAUUAUUCCUUAUACCACCAGAUGAGAAGUUCUUAUGUUGUAAUCAUGGUGGAUUGAUGCAUACUCCUGUUGUCAAUGUUGAAUGUGGACAUAUGUUCUGUUCAGAUUGUAUACAAACUCUUGGAUUCUGUCCAAUCGAUCACAUGCCCAUAAAUACAUUAGAUAUCAAUUUCCAACUAAAGAAUGAAUUGGAUCAAUUAUUAUGUUAUUGUAAAUACGGAGUACAAGAGAAGGGAGGACAUUUGUUUGUUCGCCAAGAUGGUUGUGGAAGCAUAAUCAGCUAUGGCAGCAAGCAGAACCACGAGGAAACAUGUCGAUACAACCCUGUCAACAACAAAACAGUGAACAUUACACCCAACUCAUCAGCUGAAGAACUGGCUGCCAUGAUGGACAACAGCAAUCGCUCAUCAUCAAACAAUAGUAACCGAUCAAGUGGCAACUCAUCCCCCUUUGAAUCGCUUCACUCCCCAUCAUCUCCAUUCUCCACGGGCAGUGGAGAUAGCAGCUCACACUCAUUCACCGUGCUCAAAGAAGAGGAUGAUUGUCUGGACAUCAACAAUCAUACGACCACGACCAUGAACUCUACGAACAAGACCUCACCUAGACCUUCAUCAACUACGAUAACGCCAAACACAUUGACAAAGGGAAGUAGUGAGCCAGCCAAUCCCCAGGACGUCGAAGACAGGAAUCAGCUGUGGGAGUCAAGUACCAACUUGUUCUUUUGUAGCAGUCGCUUCUGCCCCAAUAAGGAGAAUGGUUGCUACUACUAUGGCAAGACCGAGGAGAACAUCAAGUACCAUCUGGACAACGAGUGCCAGGCGCAACGUAUGAAGAACAAGAUCUCACAACUUCAAGAGGUCAUCGAGAAGAAGGAUGAGGAGCUCAGUACACUCCGUCAUUCAUCAUCCGGUAUCAUGAUGAACAGGUCUACUUCAUCAAUUUCAUCAACUUCAUCAUCAACAUCAUCAACAUCAUCAACGACUACGACUACGGCCCCUGCAACUACAUCAAGUGUCACACCUGGCAACGACAAACAAAAGACCAUAGUGACGCAACCAGCAAUAGUUGUAGCAUUUUUAUUAUUCAUUCAAUCGAUCAAGAAGAGGAUACGCCAAGGACUCCGCAAGAUCAAGAAGGUGUUAUUGAGGAAGAAAUAUAAGAAGUUA